GUCGUCUCACCCCUGCUUAUUCUACGAGACCUCCAAGCUUCAACUUUCCGUCCCCAUCAGGAUCGAAGCUGACCUCCGCCUCUACCUUAACCCAACAUCACCACAGAAUCACAUAUCGAUGGCAUCUCCGGUCUUAGCCGAGAUCACUCGCCGGGAUCUCCAGGGCCUCCCUACCCCUCCCGUGGCGGCGAUUACCGAUGUCAAGCACCUGUCCUCAUACAGCUGGCUUGAAGCGCCGACACCCACCAUCGCUGUCCCGGGCAGUCCGGCCCUCUGGUCCGCCCCGGCCGGAUCUCAACUCGUAAAGAAGGACUCCGGACUGGUCUACAUCGCUCAAAAUUCAGCUCGGCACCCGUCCAGCCCGCUCGAACCUCUAUUCCGCUCACUGUACAUCGAAAACCCCUCUUUCGACAUCAGCUCGGUUGACGUCGUGACCGACCGAAACAACAUCCGCAAAUUGCUCUCAUUUAUCGACCCCAGCUCGAGCAGAAGCGGCCUCGAGCCAUUCACCAUCAAACUCGAGGUGACAAAGAAUACGGUAUUAUUCUCUCGCGUAGAGAAGGUGACCUACGAGAUAAUCGCACCGCAUGAAUUCAGGGGAUUCGGCCACGAAUUCGAGAAGGCGUACACGAAAAACCAGAUUGAAGACAGCACCGGACACCACAGGGUGAUCUCGUAUCGCUUCGGGGGCUUGACCCUCGUCGUCCGCUGCGAGACGGACGGAUACAUCGGCGCGAGGAUGGCGCGGAGUCCCAGCAGCAAGAAGGGAGGGGACGGCGACCUCUCGAACCUGCUGUCGUCCCUGUCCCUAGUUCCGAGCAACAAGUCUCGCGCGCCGGCCCACGUCGGCUCCAAGCUGUCCGUCGAGAGGGACGGCCAGGUGGUGUCGCUCGCGUCGACUCUCGAGAUCAAGACCCGGGUCGCGCAUAAGCCUCUCGAGUUCAGGGACGUCGCGUCCCAGCUCUGGCUGUCCCAGACGCCGAACCUCGUGCGGGCCUACCACGUCAAGGGCGUGUUCAACAGGCCUGAGGUCGAAAACGUAGCGUCCCAGAUCAGGGCGUGGGAAGCCGCCCACCAGAGAGACUUGACGAAGCUAGCUGCGCUGAUCGCGAGGAUUAUCAGGGCGGUGAAGGGCCGCUGCAGAAGCGCCGUCGUUAGAUACGACAUCGCGGGAGACAAACUGGUGAUCUCCAGUGUCCCCGAUAGCGAUGUGCUCCCGAAGGACUUGUAUGCAAAGUGGGAUGACCGUGUUGGCGGGGCCGGCCUCGGCACGGGGACUAGGGAGCGGAAGAGACCGUGAUGAAGGUAAGAGGUUGACUGAAGGGGUCUGUAUUCGGAUUGAUAUAUCGCCAUGACUGGAGAUGGCCUUUAGUUCACGGCCCUGGAUUGGCUUAGGGCUAGGUUAUGAGUUGCCUUAUGCUCCGUC